AAUGGUAGAUUCUAGAAAGUCAUCGACAAUUCCAAUGGCUCCUCUUACUUUCCAAUUAUAAAUAUCACUUCCAUUAACAAAUUCGUUGUUACGUUUAGUAUUUUCUAGCAAACGCAUCGCCUCCCUUUCUCUACCCUUCUCAGGUCAUCCGUUUCUUAUUGUCGGUUGCUUCCUUGAGCAAUUGAAGAUAAUAAGAAUAACUGUUGAUCAAUUUUUUGAGUUAUGGCUGAGGAGGGUCACAAAGUCACUUUGAAUGUUUAUGACUUGAGCCAAGGUCUAGCGCGACAACUUUCCACUACCUUCCUUGGGAGACCUAUCGAGGCCAUAUGGCACACAGGAAUUGAUGUGUAUGGCAAUGAAUACUACUUUGGUGGAGGUAUUCAACAUGAUUCUGCUGGAAAAACUCCAUAUGGAAAACCGAUGCGGUCGAUAGAUUUAGGAACAACACACGUUCCCAAGGAUGUUUUUGAGAUGUACUUGGAGGAAAUCAGCCCGCGUUACACAGCCGAAACCUAUAGUUUACUCUCACAUAAUUGCAAUAACUUCAGUAAUGAAGUUGCACAAUUUUUAGUCGGUGCAACCAUUCCUGAUUACAUUCUUGACCUCCCUAACAUAGUUAUGAGCAGUCCUAUGGGUGCCUUCAUAUUGCCCAUGAUUCAAAAGUUGGAAGCUACACUGAAGGCAGGUGGAGUUCCGAUGGCACCCCAGUUCAACCCUGCUUCAACUAACGUCCCUAGAUCAUCAUCAUCGGUUUCGAAUAGCUCUAGGACUCAGGAUCAUGUCAAACCAAAGCCAGAGGUAGAUCAUGCCAAGCCUGUUGAGAAGACAACACCUGCAGAACUGCAGACAUCAAAUACAAAUGGGAUAGCCGACCCACUAGGGGAUGCUCGUAGCAAGGUGCAGGAAGAGAUCGGCCGGGAAUUUGCAGCAAUCAUGGCAACGGGGACACUGCGUGCGAGUGAAGCGGCAGCAUUGGCAACAAAAAGAGUGAUGCAGAAGUAUGGACAUGCUACUCUAUCUCAGGGAUAGUGAGUAUCAUAUAUGAUUGAUGAUUGGAUUUUCAUUUGAUUAUACGUUUGGAAAGAAAGAAGAAGGGAUUGUAUUAUUUUGUGGGUUCAAAGAUGACCCAACAGCCAUUCAAAAUCAAUACAAAUUUUAAUGAUAGCUGUAAAAUUGAGGGCUUUGUUAGACUGGGAUGGAGUGGGUCUAAGAAAGGAAAUUUGUGGAAAAAUGAAGAUGGAACUUUUCAGCAUGCCUCUCUCGUAUUUCCUUUGUCUGAUGGAAGAAUUAACUUCGUGUUAAUUAGGAAUACAGUAGAUUAAGUGAGUCCCGUCCCAUAAUCUAUAGGUAUUUUAUUUGCUCCAUGCUUAACGAAUUUCUGAAUAAAAUUUAUGAAGGGAAAUUAUUAUUUC